AUGUUUAAAGCCAAAAUUCCAAAUAUUUUAGAAAAUAUUAAAUCUAAUAAUAGAAAAUAUAAAUACCAAGCUGUUCAAGAUAUUAGAAAGAUGUUAUCAGUUGAACAUAGUCCUCCAGUGGAAGAAAUAAUAGAGUGUGGAUUAGUACCAAUAUUACAUGAAUAUCUUUUAGAUUCAUCAGAUCCAAAAAUACAAUUCGAAUCAAGCUGGGCACUAACUAAUAUAGCAUCAAGUAAUUUCACCUCUCUGAUGGUAGAUUAUGAAAUCCAUAAAACUUUUAUCGAUUUAUUAAGUCUUAAUACCCCUGAAGAGUUAUUGGAGCAAAAUAUAUGGGCUUUGGGUAAUAUUGUAGGUGAUUCUCCAGCAAAUAGAGAUUUGAUUAUAAGAGAGGGUUUGAUAGAUAGAAUUAGAGAAAUUUUAAGCACUCAUAAUAAAGCUUCAUUAAUAACAAAUAUUUCAUGGACAGGCAAAGGUAAUCCAAGACCUAGUUUCGAAGAUAUUCAGCCUAUAUUACCAGUUAUUAAAGAUUUACUUUUAAAAUAUCCAGAUAACGAUGAGGUAUUAUCCGAUUCGCUUUGGGCUUGUUCAUUCUUAACAGAACAUUCCCUAAGUGAAGCCGAAACUUUUGAUAGUAUAGUUAAAGUUGGUUUAGUCCCAAUUUUAAUUAAGCUUGUCCAACAAAAUUCAAAACUUCAAAUUAUUACACCAGGAUUUCGUGUUUUGGGUAAUUUAUUAUCAGGUUCAGAUCAAGUUACACAACAUUUAUUAGAUAAUGAUAUUCUCUCUGUUUUUGAAAAGUUUUUAACCAAUUCAAGAGUAGCAUUGGUAAAAGAGGCUUUUUUUUGUUUAUCAAAUAUUACAUCAGGAAGUAUACCACAAAUUCAAAGAGUAAUAGAUGAGGGUAUAGUUUUAAAGGCAAUUAAAGCAGGUAUAAGGGGUGAACACCAAAAUAUUGAAGUUAACCGUGAAAUACUUUGGUCAAUUAUCAAUGCAAUUUCUGGAGGUUCUAGCUCGCAAAUUGAUUACCUCAUUAAUAAUCAAUGUAUAUUAUUCUUUUCAAAAUAUUUCAACUUAGCCAAGUCUCAAGAAAAUCUCUUCACUUUUUAUAUUGACUCUGUUAUCAUCCUUUUAUACAGGAGCCAAGCAUAUUUAAAGUCCAACGAUUACUCAAGUUAUUUAAAAUUUUUCCAUGGUUCAUUUAUAGUAGAAAAAAUUUUAGAAAAAGAUUUUGGGGGUUAUACAGAACAAUAUGAAAAAAUUAUUGUAGUUAUCAAUGAAACUAAAACUUUUAUUCGUGAUAAUAAAUUGGAUUUAACAUUUUCAGCUUUAGAAAUUUUCGAAAAAGAAUAUGAAUUAGAUGACGAAUUUAGUUUGAAUUAUGACAAUUACAAUUACGAAGACGAAAACAAUGACGAUGACGAACACGAUGACGAUGACGAUGACGAUGACGAUGAUGAACACGAUAACUCUGACGAACACGAUGACUUUGACAAUGGCAAUGGCGAUGACAAUGAUAGCGAUAGUAAUUCCAAUGAUUGUCAAUAUCAUUAG